AUGAAUACAUGUUUUUUUAAAUCUGACGAAGAUCUUAAUUGUUUAUCCUUUCACCCGAAGCUUGAUCUUCUGGUUUCUGGAUCAAUUAGCGGUCAACUCGAUAUAUUCAAGUUUGAGGAAAUUAGUAGGGAGUUAGUCAAGGAAUGGUCCAAUUCUUCUACACAUUCCAGUUCUGUUAGAAUCUCCAAAUUUUCUAGUAAUGGAAAGGAAAUAAUGUCGGCUUCUUCUGACAAGACUGUUUCUCUCACGGAUUUUGACUCAAAUAAGGUAAAAUGGGUUGGAAAGGGGCACAAGGAUCCAAUCAACAACGCUUGCUAUAUCAACGAAUCUAUCCUGGUAUCAGGAGAUGAUGAGGGCGAAAUUAGGAUUUGGGACACUAGGGCAAAGAGUUCAUGCAUUGGGAAAAUUAACGAAUUUUCUGAUUGUGUUACCGACCUUAUGGUUGGACGUGAUCCUAAUGAGCUUAUCGCAACUUGUGCUGACCAAAUUGGCUGUUUUGACCAUAGAAAGUUCAAAUUGAAGGCUCUUUCAGACAAUACUGAACACGAGUUCCUGACCAUGUCCCUUGUUAAGAAGGGAAAGAAAGUAAUUUGCGGGACUUCUACCGGUUCUAUAUGUUUUUUCUCCUACGGAUAUUGGGGCGACCUUAACGAUAUUAUUCCAGUAAACAAGGAGACUAUAAAUGGAAUUGUAAAGAUAAAUGAGGACUUAGUUUGUACAUGUGGAGAUGACGGAGAAAUAUACGUUAUUCAGUUGUUACCUAAUAAGGUCCUAGGUAAACUUAAAGAAUUCAAAAACCUUGAUGUCAAAGUUAGAUCAACUGAUUCCCUAACCAUCAACCACAACAAUUCUCUAUUAGGAUUUCUUGUUAAUUUUGAGUAUAUUUACCUGACAAGUACUGAAGAGGUGAACAGAUUAUUGUCAAACGAUCAGCCGAAUUUUUUUGAUGAAAUAUAA